UUGGUUGUAAAGAAGACAGAGAAAGUUUCAAAAAAGGUUUCAGCUUAUUACUCUUCUACACCUCCUCUGUUCUGUUCUGUUUUGUUCUCUCCAGUCCCACCCCAAACUCUCACAACCCUGAUCGUAGUUUUCAGCCUAAAUCUCUGUAAGCUGGUGAAAGUUGAUACCAAUUCUUAUAUGUUUCAAUUCAGGGGAUAGUGAAACUUUGAGAAAGAGUAACUCCAAAGGUGCGUUUGAAAAGUUAGAAUCCGAGGCAAAUCAAUCGGGUCAUCGUUUGGACUGUGCUUAUGGUUCCGUUUGAACCCAACAGUAUCUGUAAAGAUUAUUAGGAAAAAGAGAGGGAAGGGUUUCUCUGCUUCUUUUGGGGUCUGGCCAUUUUCUUUAUUAUAUAGCUCAAAAAAGACUUCGGCUUUAGUUGUAUUAUGCAACUUGGUUUUGAUAAAGGGAUCAAGGAGCGUCCAAGGCCAAGAGAGAGACUGAGAGAGUGAGACUGGUGAGAGAGAGGUGAAAUUAAAAACCCAAUGCCGCAACAGGAGCCAAGGAAGAAGCUUGGAAAUGAAUAUUCUAAUUCCAAGAAGAAGGAGCGCCACAUAGUUACCUGGUCUCAAGAGGAGGAUGACAUUCUGCGCAACCAAAUUAGCGUUCAUGGAACGGACAAUUGGGCUAUCAUUGCGUCUAAAUUCAAGGAUAAAACAACGAGACAGUGCAGGAGAAGAUGGUACACAUACUUGAAUUCUGACUUCAAGAAGGGAGGGUGGUCACCAGAGGAAGACAUGCUCUUAUGCGAGGCUCAAAAGAUAUUUGGUAACAGAUGGACAGAAAUAGCCAAGGUGGUUUCGGGAAGAACUGACAAUGCUGUGAAAAACCGGUUUUCGACCUUGUGCAAGAAGAGAGCCAAAUAUGAGGCCUUAGCUAAAGAGAACGCUACUUCAUACAUCAAUUCAAAUGACAAAAGGGUCAUAAUCCGAAAUGGUUUCAAUACAGAUGGAACAACAGAAACUACAGCACCUUCUCAGAAGAUGAGGAGAACCCACAUCCCUAAUCUCUCCGAAAAUUGUAACUCUGGGGACAGACUAUUUGAGCAGUGUGGAAAGAUGAAUCAGCAGCUAAGAGCUCCAUUUACUGUGUUGAUUCAGAAUUUCCACAAUGUAGACAACCUGCCAGACCAGCAUAAUGUCAGUAGCACCAAGGAAGUCCCUGGGAAUGCAGCACAAAAUAGCAAGUUUCAAGGAUCAUUUCUCAAGAAGGACGAUCCGAAGAUAACUGCUCUGAUGCAACAAGCAGAGUUGCUCAGCUCAUUGGCACUAAAAGUUAACACAGAGAACACAGACCAGAGUCUUGAAAAUGCUUGGAAGGUGCUCCAGGAUUUCUUGAAUCAAAGCAAAGAAAGCGACAUCCUCAGUUAUGGAAUUACUGAUUUUGAUUUUCAACUCGAAGAUCUUAAAUAUCUGUUAGAGGACUUAAGGAGUACUAAUGAAGGAAGUCGACCAUCUUGGCAGCAACCAGAUCUAUACGAUGAGUCCCCAGGAAGCUCUGAAUACAGUACAGGGUCAACUCUCCUGUCCCAAACAGAAUGUUAUGUGGAACAAAACGAAGCUGAAAUAGGUACACUGAUUGAGGAGAUUCAACCUGGAUCACAAUCCAUUCCUAUUGGAGGGGAAAAUGAUGUUCGUGAAUGUGAGAAAGGGAUUGUUUCCAGUGGAACCAGAAAGCAAGAGAUAUUUCCAUCUUGUAAUGAAGGAACAAAAACUGAUGCAGUCAUUUCUGUAUCGUCAAAUACAGAGUUCAGUUCUCCUAAUCAAGUUACCCCGUUGUUCCGAUCUUUGGCAGCAGGAAUUCCCAGCCCAAAAUUUUCUGAAAGUGAAAGGAGCUUCUUGCUCAAAACGCUUGGAGUGGAGUCUCCUUCUCCUUACCCAAGCAACAAUCCUUCACGACCACCACCCUGCAAACGAGCCCUCCUUCAAAGUCUAUAAUCAACCAGCCUUUUUGAUCCACCUUAUACAUAGAAAUUUUACAUGGCUUAGUUGCCUUGCCUAUUGAGUUCAUGUUUUUUUGAAUUCCUUUCCUCUUUGGAUUGCAGCCAUUCCAGCCUGAAAUUUUACCAAAAGGCAGGUUAAGAUCUGCUUCCCAAAACCCAGAUCUAGAAUGUUACGGUGCAUUCUAGCAUUUCCAAAAGUAUCUAACAAAGUUUUCUGCAUUCUUUUGUCCCUCAGCAGAGUUACCACCCUUGGAGUUCCUAUCCGGUACUCACAUUCUGCCUGCUUGGUGUGUCAUUCUUUAGUUUGUCUUGGUGUGUUCCAUUUUUUGGCCUUUGAUUUACCAGUUGUACAGAACCUGCUACAUCCCUAGUCAUUCAGAGUGUAAGACUGUAAGUAUACAUUGGCACCUCGCCUAUAUCUUCAGCUAGAGUAUAUGUUGAAAAGUAAACAGAGAGAGAGAGAGAGAGAGAGAGAGAGAGAGAGGAUUAACCAGUUCAAGUGGAUUCCUGUUUAUCGUUUUUUGGUGUGCAAAGGUAUAGCAUAGAAUUAAGUUCAUUUUUUUCUUCUUUGCUUUGGUUUCCCUCUUGAUUUCUGAUGUAACCAAACUUAAUAUAAUUGGAGUGAAAAUGGUUUUGGUUUU